UACCUCAGGGUUGCAAAUUUUAAUUUUAUUUUUAUAUAGCAAAGUAAGAAAACGACAUGAAGAAAACUGGAAUCCUCGCUGCUUCCAUCUCUGCGGCAGCUUCCGCCACCACCGCCACCAUGAACACCACCGUAUCCUUGUCUUUGCCAGAAUCCAACCUUUCCCGUCAGGAUUCAAAGGAGAAACAGAGGAAGAAGAAGGGUUCGGAAGAAGGGGGAGAUAAAAAGUUUGCUCCAAGGUUUGAUGGGUUAAGGUUCAUUGAGACCCUUGUUACUGCUCACCGAUAACCAAAGCAUUCUUCUCAUUUGACAAAGUUUGAUAUAGUUUCUAUGAUUUACCAACAACAAUUGUUGAUUUUAAUGUUUAAGCUUUUUUGUUUUAUAGUAAUGUGUAAUAAUUCUUUAAAAUUUGAAAAAUCUUUAA